AGAAAUAGGUUCUUCUGAAUAAAUCCUUUUAUGUGGAUUUUUUGUUCUAAGCCAAUUGUGGGCUACUCAGAUACAUGUGUUAAUGGAAGAAAUAUGUUCUUCAGAAUAAUCCCGUUGUGUGGAUUUUGUUCUCGGCCAAUUGUGGUUGCUCAUUAGGGUGACCCUUAGCUACAUGAGAGGUUUUUUUUUUUUUAAUAUUUGUAAGUGCCACCCCCUAGAAUUAUUCGAAUACAUGAAAAAAUAAAUUGUACAAAAUUUGGAGACGAUUGGUCAACUCUAAGACGUGCCCCAAGGGGGUUAAAAAUAACCCCCCAAGGGUGAUUUUUUAGUUUUUUUUGUCUACUUCAAAAACUUUAACUUUUGCAAAAAAGUUUAUUUGAACUUUUUUGUAGGUAUACAAUUUUUCUAUAAAAAGUAUAUAUACAAAAAUUUUCGAAAAGUUCUUAUUUAGCCGUAAAAAAAUAAAAACGUAUAUGUUCUAUUCUUACCGUUAAAAUUAUUAAUUUAUAAAUCGUUCAUUGUAAAAACAAAAAAAAAAUUCAUUUAACCGUUGUUUUAAAUUAAUUUUCUAUACAUUUUUAAUUUGACAUUUUUUCUAUUAUGUACUUUUCAAAACCUACAAUUUUUUUAAUUUUAAUUAUAUUAAAAUUAUACGGUUUUUCUUAGUAUCUUCAUAACUUAUAGAGCCAUAAAAUUUAUGUUGUUUAUAGGCUAAUAAAAAAGUCAUUUUCAAGAUAAAGUUAUUCAUUAUUAUUUUUAAACAUUUGAUUGUUUUCUUUUAUCUGGUAUUCUUGAAAAGAUGAGCCUAUGUAUAUAACCAGCUAAAUUUUCGCUUUCCAACAUUGUAUGUUAUCUAGUAAUUGAAAAGUUUAGAUCAUAAUCGAAUCAACUGUCGUUCGUUGUUCAUGAAUUUCAUAUUCAACAAUUUUCUUAUAUUUUAUACUUACGUUUCUAAUUAUACAACUUAAAAAAAGUUUAGAUUUAAAUAUUUUUAAAAAAAAAUGGCUUCCACAUCUCAAAUGAACCUUUGUGAUACAAAUAAAAUUUAUUUAAUUGGUUAUAUGUCAAAUCAAAUCGUCGGCAGUAAGUUGCCAUCAAAUAAACAAGUAUUAUGUGUUCUUUUUUAUAACAUGCGCGUGGUUAAUUUAAAUGUUCACGAUAGUGCUUCAUUAGUGUACAAUGAAAUCGAAAUAUUUUGGCAAAAAACCAGAAUACCUAUUAAAAAAAAAUGUCACUCCGUUAAAAAAAUUCAAUCAAUAUACAAUGAAUGGAGAAAAUUACAAAAACAUGCGACUAGAAAGUCAUUAUCAGACACAAGAAAUGAAGAAGACUUUGUCAAUAAGCUUGAUGACUUAUUUGAUAUCGCUCAUUCUGACGCUUUAAACUUAAUUAAAAUUGAAGUUGAUAAACAAUUUUUAUUGGCUCAGAGGGAAAAAGGAAGGUCAGGCUGUAUGUUAGGUGUCGAUAAAUUCAAUGAAAAAUGUGAAAUAAAUCAACAAAAUAAAAAUUUAAAUAUAAUCCAAAGAAAAAGAAAAGCAUACGAUGAAAUGGAAGUUUUAGAUCAUGUCGUUAACUCAGAAAUGUUAUAUUCAUCUUCAAACAGUUCUAGUGAGUGUGAUGAGACCGAAGAAUUAAUUGAAAAACCUAAUCUUCCUCAAAUUAGAGGUAAAAAAAAUAUUUUAACCGACAAACUUGCUGCUGCAUUUGAUAGAUGUAAAAUAAGCGACAGAGACGCUGUUCAUAUAUUAAUGGCAACCGCUGAAUCAUUCGGUCUCGAUACAUCUGAAUUAAUUAUAAAUAAGACCUCAAUUAAUAAUUUUCGAAAACGUUUCCGUGAAAACCGAAUGAAAAAAAUAAGCAAUAAUUUUAAUUUAUCGACAUUAGGUCCAUGCACCAUUCAUUGGGAUGGAAAACUUCUUCCUUCAUUAUCAGGACAUCAACUAGUUGAAAGAUUACCAAUAAUUGUGUCAAAUAAUAAUAUAGAACAAUUACUCGAUGUGCCUGAAAUUUCUUCUGGUUCAGGACAAAGUCAAGCAGCAGCUGUCUACGCAGCACUUGAAAAAUGGAGUUUAACUGACAAAGUUAAAUCAUUAUGCUGUGACACUACUGCUUCUAAUACAGGUAGACUUAAAGGUGCCUGCAUAUUACUAGAGCAAAUGUUAGGACGUGAUAUUUUAUACUUAUCAUGUAGACAUCACAUUUAUGAAAUUAUAUUGAAAAGUGUUUUUGAAGUAAAAUUUAAUACGUCAUCUGGACCAGAUGUUCCUAUUUUCAAUAAAUUCCAAAAGUGUUGGCAAAAUAUAAAUAAAACAAAUUACUUAAGUGGAAUAGAAGAUACUGUUAUUUUAGAAAAAUUAAAAACAAAAAAAGACGAUAUUUUGAAAUUUAGUUUUGAACAAUUACAAAAAUACCAACCUCGAGAUGACUAUAAGGAACUUUUAGAAUUGGUCAUAAUAUUUUUUGGUGAAACACCUUUAAAUGGUAUUUAUUUUAAAAUUCCUGGCCCAAUCCAUCAUGCUCGUUGGAUGGCCAAAGCCAUUUAUUGUUUGAAAAUUUUUUUGUUUCGGGGCCAAUUUGAAUUGUCAAUCAAAGAGUUAAAUAAUAUUCGUUCAUUAUGUAUUUUUAUUACAAGUUUAUAUAUUAAACAAUGGUUUAGUGCACCAAAUGCUGCAUUAGCGCCAAAUUUAGAUUUACAAUUUAUUAAAAAUAUAAUUGAUUAUGAACCAAUAGAUAAAGAUAUUUCUAAAGUAGUUUUAAAAAAAAUUUCCGGUCAUUUAUGGUACUUAGUAUCCGAAACAGCAGCAAUGGCAUUUUUUGAUGAUGAUUUAUGUGAAGAUACUAAAAUUAAAAUGGUAAAUUCAUUAAAUAAUCGGGAAGAAGAUCCAUGUACAAACAAACGUAUAGUAGUAGGAGUAAAUGAAAUUUAUGAUUUUAAAAAUAAAAAUAUAGAUGAUUUUAUUUCAACUGAGUCAAAAAAGUUGUUUGAAAGAUAUGACAUUGAAACUGAUUUUUUAAAUAUCAAUCCUUUGUCGUGGAAAGACAACAGUCAAUAUAUUAGAGGAAAAAUAAUAGUAAAUAAUUUAAAAGUUAUAAAUGAUUUGGCAGAGAGGGGCGUGAAACUCAUAGAAGAGUAUAAUAAUAUUUUAACAAAAGACGAAGCACAAAAACAAUACCUAUUACAGAUUGUUACAGAAUACCGGCGUUGUUUUCCUAAUUGCAAUAAAAGCACAUUAUGCCAAGAAUUUUAAAAUGAUAAAUUAUUUAAAAUAUGUAGUAAAUUUUUUUAGUACGUUUUAUUUUGUAAAUAGUUUCUGAUUGUAUAUAAAUUUGUAAGUUAACAUUAUUUUAGCUUCAAUGUGAAGCUGAGACAGUAUUAAUUUUACUGUGAUGUGUUUUUUUUAAUUAAAAUUAAAAAAAUUGUAGGUUUUGAAAAGUACAUAAUAGAAAAAAUGUCAAAUUAAAAAUGUAUAGAAAAUUAAUUUAAAACAACGGUUAAAUGAAUUUUUUUUUUGUUUUUACAAUGAACGAUUUAUAAAUUAAUAAUUUUAACGGUAAGAAUAGAACAUAUACGUUUUUAUUUUUUUACGGCUAAAUAAGAACUUUUCGAAAAUUUUUGUAUAUAUACUUUUUAUAGAAAAAUUGUAUACCUACAAAAAAGUUCAAAUAAACUUUUUUGCAAAAGUUAAAGUUUUUGAAGUAGACAAAAAAAACUAAAAAAUCACCCUUGGGGGGUUAUUUUUAACCCCCUUGGGGCACGUCUUAGAGUUGACCAAUCGUCUCCAAAUUUUGUACAAUUUAUUUUUUCAUAUAUUCGAAUAAUUCUGGGGGGUGGCACUUUGUAAUUUUUAAAUUUUAUAAAUAAGGGACACCCUAUUGCUCAUUUAUGUCGGAAUGUGUGUGCCUCACAGCAACAUCAUCUCAAGUAAAAAUUGCUAAAUUAAAUAAAAGAAGUCAAACCAUAAAUGUGUUCCUCAGCCACUUAUGUAUAAGUAUUUAUUGAUGAAAAAUUGUUUCUGUUCUUUUACCAGUUAAGGCCUUGUGAGCCCAGUAGCCCUUUCACUAUUUAUGAUAUAAAUGCAAAAAAAAUAGUAUUUAACGAAAUUUUAGGAUUUACUCUUAAAUUUACUGUUUGUAGUAAUUAUAUAUAAAUUCCUCGCCACAUAUCAAUAUAAGAAGUAUUAUAUAUAAAUACAUAACAAAUCUCCUAUUUAAUGAAGUCAAUUUCAAACAUGUAAGUUAAACCAAUAAAAUGUAUACUAUGCCAUUAAAAUAUUUUUAUUUUAAAAUUUUGUGAAGAUUUUUAAAACUAAAAGACCGAAAAAAUAGGUUAGACGUAAUAUUUUAAGUAGAAAUUUCCCAUAGAUUUCGAUAAAAAAUAAUAAUUCGAAAAAAAAAUGUUUUUUAAUAGUAUUCCUUGUUUUUUACUCAUUUCUAUUUAUCUAAAAAAAUCUAUGGAUAAUAAAGAAAAUUUAAUUUCAGAAUUGAAACCGACGUAAAAAUUUGUUUUAUUAAAGUAUAUUUUUGUUUUGUCGAUCAAAAAUGUGUCAUUUUGUAGAUAGUGAUAUUAAAUCUAAAAAUUGUUAAUAUAGAUUUCCUUUAAAUAAUUCGAUCAAACAAAGUUGGCAUUUCAGUCUACUAACCACGUCACAUGACGGUGAAAUUAUGUUGCCAUAGAAGGGGUGAAAUAUCUUUUGAUUAAAAUCAUCUUGAUUGUUAUAACGCCAUACCCCAGAGGUUUUUUUUUUGAAUUAUAUCAAGAUUUUAUUUUGGAUUAUGAGAUACGCAUACUUAGAUUUCUUCCUAUAAUUUUUUUUUGUUUUCUAAAUAUAUAAUGAAAAUUGUACAAAAAUGUAAAAAAGUGAGUGUAUUUGUUUCACUAAUCCCUUUCCAAUUGACCACCUAAUUAAUAUGAACAAAAAAAUAUUAGUUCAAUUAAUUUUUAUUUUAUUUAUUUGAUAAAAAGGCAAAAGAUUAUUUAUUUGACAGGAAAUAAACAUUUUUACUGGUAAAAUAUCGAAAUGAUAUUAAUAUAAAUAAAAUAAGUUACGAGAUUCUAGAUUAAUUACAAAAUACAUAUAAGUACAAAGAAUUCGUUUU